AUGGUUGUUAUGUACAAUGUCGCAGGCCGCCAGAUCGGUUCACACUGGUUGGCCAUGGCCACCCUGGGCGUUACUUUCUCGAUCCCAUACCUGAUGACGAGAGGUGGAUCGUCCAAAGCAACAAACACACCUCCCAUCAACGCCUCGAGCAAGGAUGAGGAGAAGUUUAUCCAAGAAUUUUUGCAGUCAGUCGAGCAGGAAGAGAAGAAGAACAAGGUCUCCGGCAAGGAGGCGCAUUAA